AUGGUGGUGGAUUUCGAGAAUUACAUGUUGCGGGAUGCUGGUGAAUGGAGCGUGUUCGACAACUCGCUGCGGAUCGACAACGAGAGGACCAAGUGGAUCGGGAAUCUUUUGGUGAGGAAAGCCAAAAGCCUGAAUAGUGCGGACUCGCUGAUGUUCACCUUCUCAGCGGAGCAGUUCAGGAAGGAGUUCGUGGCAGCAGGAAAGGCCCUGGGUGUCGAACAAUUACACCCAUACCAGCUUCGUCACGGGGGUGCGUCAGACGACUUGAGCAGUGGCCUUCGGGACCACAAUGCUGUGAAGUCAAGGGGCCGAUGGAAAACAGACCAAAGCAUCCGCCGCUAUGCCAAAAUCGGACGUGUUCAACAGCUUCUCACAAAGCUCACUCAGCACAGUCUCCAGUUCUGCCUCUGGUCGGAGCGCAACUUGGAGAAGGUGUUUGCAGGAGCGGUGCCAGCUCGUUUCCUUUGA